ACUAAUCAGCCUACAAAUGGUCGUCUUAGCCGCAUCAAUAUGUACAAGAGGCGGAAAAGCCCUUUUAUCCAGACAAUUCAGGGAUAUAAACAAGGAUAAGAUCACCAGCUUGUUAUCGAGCUUCCCCAGUUUGAUUUCCAAUUCUUCUUCUCAACACACUGCCGUUGAGGAUGAUAAUAUCAGAUAUGUUUAUCAACCAUUAGAAGAACUUUACGUGGUUUUGUUGACCAACAAGCAUUCGAAUAUCUUGCAGGAUAUCGACACGUUGCACUUGUUUGUCUCAACCAUCAGCAACUUAUUGAGAACCAUAGAUGAAAGAGAAAUCUUUGAUAAUGCUUUUGAGAUUUUAAGUUCGUUCGACGAGAUUAUCAAUAAUGGUUACAAGGAGAAUUUGACGUUAUCUCAGGUACAAUCAUUCUUGGAAAUGGAUUCCCACGAAGAAAAGAUUCAAGAAAUCAUUGAAAGAAACAAAGAAAUGGAAGCCAAUGAAGAAAGAAAAAGAAGAGCAAAGGAAAUCCAAAGAAAGGAAUUGGCCAAGAAGAACUUGGAAAACCAGUUUAACAGACCUUACGGGUUUGAUGAAGCUGCUGCUCUAAAUAACCACAACCAACCAAGCUACCAGCCUCCUGCUAUAGUUGACAACUCGAUCGAGUCUCCUUCACUGGGUGGUUAUUUGAACAAACCUUUGACUUCUAGAUCCGGAGGUUUACAAUUGGGUAAGAAACCUGCUGGUAGAUCAGAAGCCUCUCAACCUUUGUUGUUCAACCCAGCUACUAACACAGCUGUUUUACCAAACUCCAGAUCAGUUUCAAUGACUCCAACCCCCGUGGUUAACAGUGCACCAAAAGUCCCAAACAAUGGUAUAUUAGUUACCAUCAAUGAGAAGUUUAAUGCUCAAUUACAGAGAGAUGGUUCGAUUUUGUCGACUGAAGUCAAGGGUGACUUGCAAUUGAGAAUCAACAAUGAGGAUUUGAGUUAUUGUAAGAUUUUGUUGAAAACCACCGAGAAAUCCAGUGAAAUACAAUACAAGACUCAUCCAAACGUUGAUCGUAAUUUGUUCCAGCAACAGCAUGUAAUUGGAUUGAAGGAUAAGACUAAGCCAUUCCCUUCAAAUGACCAGAGUUUGGGUGUUUUGAGAUGGAGAUGUGCUGGAAAGAGCGAUGAAUCCAAAUUCUUGCCAAUAUUAAUUACUAUUUGGUGUAACCCCAAUGGUGACAGUACUGAUGUGACCAUUGAAUAUGAAUUGACUUCUGAAUUCUUGGAAAAUAAUACAACCAACAGCUCAAUCGAUGAUAUCAAGAUAAUCUUGCCAGUUCAAGGAGAUAUUCACUUAAAGGAAGAAAACAGUCAAAUUAGUUACAAUAUUGAGGACAUUGGAACCGUGUUUAAUAUUGGUUCCAUAUCCACCGAUGACCCACAAGGUUCUUUUGAAUUCACCGUGGAUACCCCCGAUGAAGAUGCGUUAUUCCCAAUGGACUUGCAAUUCACAGUUGAAUUCGAAGAGAUUACUGAUAGUGAUAACAGUUUCGGUAAAGUCCAAGUGUUGGACAUUGUUGCCAGCCAGAAUGAAGAUGAGGAAUCGUUACCAUUUGACUUGCGUGAAAACUUAGCCACUGAGUCCUACCAAAUCGUUUAGAUCAAACAAAAUGUAC